ACAAGGUAUAGUUAAAAAUAAAACAAAUAUAUGCUAAAAAAAAUUUCUCCUAACUCAAUUAUACUCCUACAACUCUCAUCAAUUCCUAACUUCCCCCAAAACAAUCAGAAAUAAUACAUCCUAAUCAUUCAAAGGCAGUCUGAUAACUCUUAGUCUGAUAUCUACUUUGAAUAUAGUCAAUCCAUUUGUUCCAUUCCUUUAAGUAUCUUUCUUGUGUAUUGUCUUUCAAAAAGGCUGAGAUUUUUGCCAUCUCAGCCAAAUCUGUUAUCUUUUCUUGAUGCCAGCAAGUCAACCAGGAAACCAGGAACAAACAGUACUUCAGCUCAAGUUCUCUCUAAGCAGUUGAUUUGUUCGCCACGGAGUAGUAUAGCAGCCCCUGCUGCUUUGAUACCCUGUGGGGUGUGGCUCUGUGACUCAGCACUUCCUGGGCCUGCCCCAUCCCUGCUUCUGUUGUUCCCGCCUCUCCUGUCUACAAAACCUAGGGUCCAACCAGGACUGAUUGUCCUGAGCUGGGUCUGGGAGCAUUGCCUGGGCCAGGGGGAGAUACAGGAGACAAAGGCCUUGUUAUUUCUUCCACCUGGCCUGCCUCUGGCUCCUGGAGCUGAGCCAGGGAAGCCGGCCCUGCGGAAGGGAGCCCUGAUGGCCCUUCCUCCUCACUCUCUGAGUCACUCUCUGGCAUGGGGCCAGGCCAGGCCCGGGGUGGGGGCUAGAGCCACAACAGCAUCUGUAUCCCUGUCUGUUUGCUGUGGGUCCUUGCUGGGAUUGAAGUGGCACAGUGCCAGCAGCCCAGAGCAGUUCUGACCCUCUGCCAAAUUCCUAGAGCAGGGUGAGGGUCUCUAAUGUUUGCCAGGACACAGCAGGGCUCCAGACCACCAGGGAUGAGACAGGCAGACAGACUCUCUCUGUUGUCUUUGCAAGAUGUGGAUGAAUGUGCCGUAAAUCAAGACAACUGCAGCCGCGGACAGAUUUGCGUCAAUGUCUUUGGGGGCUUCCGUUGCGUGAAGCCCGAAUGCCCCAAGACUCAGUUCAACACAACCUACGUCAAGACGUCGGCCUCGCAGUGUGAACGGAGCCCUUGCCCCAUGGGCAGCCAAGCCUGCCAGAAAGCUGCCCACGCCAUCUCCUUCCACUACCUGCCCCUCCAGUCCAACCACUCCGUGCCCUGGGUCCUUUUCAAGAUGUCCACCAGCAGCUCUCUGGGGGACAGCCUGCGCUUCGCUCUCCUAGGGGGCAACAGCCAGGGGAGGCUUGCGAUCCAGCGCUCGGACCAGCACACGGGGGAACUGGUGCUGACCCGCUCAGUCCUGGGCCCAGCGAUCCUGGAGGCCGAGGUGGAAAUGAGCGAAUUUGCCCAGAAGAUCCUUCUAGGGAAGCACAUCUUCAAGGUCACAGUGUUGGUUUCCCAGUAUGAAUUCUGAGCCCCUUUGAAACCCUGUCGGGCCUUGGAGAAGGCCAGGACUACCAGAUGUGGCAGGAACCUUGAGGGUGCAGUUCUCUACCUUGGCAACUUUAAGACUUGUGGACUUCAGCUCCCAGAAUUUGCUGGCUGAGGAACUCUGUCCACAAGUCUUAAAGUUGCCAAGGUUGGAGACCCCUGCUCUAUGCAGAAUGGGCCAUGAAAGAGGCCAAAGCAAGCCUUGAUCUGUUGAACCAGAUACUCCUCUCUCCUGUCCACCUGGCUGUACACUUUCCCCAUGAUCUGGUCCCUUCGAGAGGCUUUGUGGAGAAGUGAUAGAUGGGAAGCUCCUCAAGGAAGACCAACCACAGCAACUGGAGUUCUUGCAACAGCUGGCAGAAACAGCUGGAAGGCACAUAAAUCUUUGCAGGCAAGAGCAAUCU